GGUUUUCCACAUUUGUCUGCACAGUGUUACAGUAAUCUGCUCCUGUUUCAUGAAAGAGCUUUUCCCUGAGUGCAUACACAAACAGUUAAACUAGAGGGGGGAGUUUUGACAGAGGUUAUUGUCUUCAACUCAGCAGGGAAUUUCAGACAAAUCCCUCUUAGAUGCAGGUGGUCGGGCACAAGCAAAGAGUUAAGUCCUGCGCUCCCUUUGCUCCUCCUCUUUGAUGUUCUGACAUCAUUAGUCCGGCCCCCUGAAAGAUCUCCUCUCCUUCCUCAGAGCCCGUCACUUUCUACUUCUGAAAUGUUUACAGCAGGAACCUCGUGAGCGGCGUCAAGACAGAGAGUGUUUGUCAGGAGAAGGGAAAAGACAUGCUUUGAAGAAACUUUUUUUUUUUUUUUUUUUGAGGGGGGGGUUUCAGGGGAUCACAGCGGAUGCCAUAGGUGUAGCCUCUGGGCUCAACAGAGUAAUGGCUGUUCAGACUGCAAUCAUGAACCCUCAGUUCAUGAAUUUCUGCUUCCCUGGUUCUGUGAUGGAGUACGACAUAGAGAAAAGUCUGGAUGGAAGUCUUCUGGGUGAGGCAGAAAAUGAUGAGGACUACAAAGAGACCACCAGGGACCUGCUGAGCUUCAUAGACUCGGCCUCUAGCAAUAUCAAACUGGCUCUGGACAAGCCGGUGAAGUCAAAGAGGAAAGUCAACCACCGGAAGUAUCUGCAGAAACAAAUCAAAAGGUGCACCGGCAUCAUCACGCCAGGGAAUGUAGCGGAAGCCCCGGUGAAAAGACAAAACUCCCCCCUGGCUCAACCCGGACCUUUACAGAGCAAAACCCUGGCGAAGCGCGACGGGGUCCACGCCAACUUACAGAGCAAAAGCUUGGCAGCCCUCUUCAGCCCGGUGCAGGAUGUAAGGGGCGAAAAAGCCAAAAAACCGCCCCUGAGGCACCGAAAUCUGCCUCCGUCUUUCUUCACCGAGCCUGCCAACUGCUCCAAAGUCAGCUCCACAUCGGGAAUGACCCUCAAGGACUUGGAACGAGGUAACCCCGAGGCCGUAGACUUCUUUGAGCUCUUGGGCCCCGAUUACAGCAACAUGGUGACGGAGCAGGACCUGUACCAGAGCAUGCCGGUCCGAGUGCAACCCGCCGACAUGGGAGGCCUAGACCCGGUUUCCUACGACGCUCACCAUCUAGUCGGGGGGGUUCUGUACUCGGAACCCUGGAGUAACUGCUCUGGAGCCGCUAUGAAGAAACACGGGGACGGUCUCCGAUCGGGGCCCCCCCAACCCCCGGUCUUCUGUCACUCUGAGGCUACAUCCGGGCCUGUGGAGGACAACACACUGUGCACUUUGGCCUUCCCGAACUUCUUCACAGACUGUUCCAUACCUCAGGUCACUUACGAUUUAAGUGGUGGAUUUAACAGAGCUAAUUAUUCAUCUCUAUGAGACACUGACUCUUCUGGUGUUUAGAACUUUAACUGUAGUCUAAGAGAGUUUGACGUUGCUGUUUGUAUCGUCGGCGUGUUUGCCGAAGUCGACUAUCGCCUCUUCUC